UCAAAUGGUCAAUGCUGACGUCGUCUAGCGUGUUAGCUUUGACUUCGAGCUUUCUUUUUCAUUUUCCUUCUUGCCUUUCUUGACUUCUCGCUACAAUUGCUCCUCUCCUUGUUAUAUUAGAGAGGGGCGGCGGGAGGAGGUGCUCCCUCCGUCGUCGACCAGCAGAUCGAUCGAAGUCAGCAAUCGAAUCCAAAGAAGAGCAAGAGAGGCGGCCGGGUCCAAAGCCAUGGACGGCGCCGCCAACUGGAGCCCCGCGAUGGGGGACGGCCCUGCCGCCAUCGCUGACGCCGAUGGCGUCGACCCUAACGCGGCUGCCCCCGUCGGAGGCGACUGGCGCACCCACCUUCAGCCUGAGGAGCGCAACAGGAUCGUCAAUAUGAUAAUGGAGACUCUGAAGAAGCAUCUGCCAGUACCAGUGCCAGAGGGGUUGGGUGAGCUUCACAAAACUGCCAUGCGAUUUGAAGAGAAAAUCUAUGCUGCGGCCAUCAACCAGUCUGAUUAUUUGCGGAAGAUUUCUUUGAAAGUGAUGUCCAUGGAAAGUCAGGCAAAUACACAACAGAACCCUGGAAAUGCUCAAGUGAUUUCAAAUCAAAACCCCCCUGGUCCAGCAUCUGCGGAUUCCACUGCUCAAAUUGCUCCACCAGACACAGGUGAUUUGCAAGAGUUAUAUCAAAUGAUUAAGAGCUUGAAGGACCAAUACUUUGUGGAAUUGAAUGAUUUGUACAAUAAGGUAUCGAUCAAGAUACAACAUAUUGACAACCACAUGCCUUCUCAAAAGUCAGCAGAGCAGUAUGAAAAGAUGAACGGUUUUAAAGUAAUGUUGGAGCGCAUGUUGCAUUUCCUGCAAGUUAACAAGAGCAACAUUCAGCCAAGUUUUAGGGAAAAAAUCCCUAUUUACGAGAGGCAAAUUCAAAGUAUCCUAAGUUCACAAAUAAGGAAGUCUGUGCAGGCACCUGGACUACAAAUGUUUCAGCAAUCUGCAUCUGUGGAUUCCGCUGCUCAAACUGGUCAUCCAGGUGCAAGUGAUCUGCAAGAGGAGUUAUAUCAAAUGAUUAAGAGCUUAAAGGACCAAUACUUCAUGGAAUUGAAUGAUUUGUACCAUAAGAUAUCCAUGAAGAUACAACAUAUUGACAACCACAUGCCUUCUCAAAAGUCAGCAGAGCAGUAUGAAAAGAUGAAGAACUUUAAUGUAAUGUUGGAGAACAUGUUGCAUUUCCUGCAAGUUAACAAGAGUAGCAUUCAGCCAAGUUUUAGGAAAAAAAUCCCUUUUUACGAGAGGCAAAUUAUCAGUAUCCUAAGUUUACGAAAAAGGAAACCUUCUGGUGGGCCAGCUCUUAGCUCUAACAUUUCACAGCAACAUCAAGAUUCCCAAAGUUUGCAGGAGCAUGAUAGUCAUACUAAUCAGAAGCCUCAAGCAAGUAUACCAAGUAUGUACACUGGAGGUAGCAACAGCAAACGGAAGAAGCAAAACAAGCCGAGAUGCCAUCUCUGCAAAAACGGGUAGCCUAAAGAGGAAAAUAUGUUCGAUAAAAAGGAGUUGCUAUGAUCCAACCGAUAAGCGGACUAAAGAGACGGAAGAAGCAAAAUAAGCAAACUAAUCACAUAUUGGAAUAAAAAUGAAGGCACUAUACUUGAACUUUGAAGGGAUUAGGGCUAGAGAGUAAUACUUGUAGCAUGUUUGUGCUUAGUACUAAAGGAGAGUAUCUAUGUUUCCAAAUGUAGUAGAAUUCUUGUGUUUAUGAGAAAAUUGGAUGUACUGAUUUUUGCGGUUAUGCAUGUGCAUGAGAGAAUACAUAUUAUUA